AUGCGGUUCCAGGUGCCUCUUCUCGUCUUUGCAAGCCUCGGUCUGGCUGCUCCGGCACCAGAGCCACAACUCGUUUCUGGUCUUCUCAAUGGUGUUGGCGGUUUGCUGGAUACCACGCUUGGAGGUCUUCUUGGUUCGUUGCGCAAGGCUCUUGACAGCGGUGACAGGGACAAGACACUCGAUAUCCUGCAGCAGCUGUCGCCUAACAAGAAGCGAAAGGGUGUCAAAGAGGUUAAUGCUGCUCUGCAGAAAAUCUCAGAGGCAAAGCCUAAGAGUAUUGUUGAGUACAGCGCGCAAUUGAUUGCGAAUGGUAUCAUUUUUGGCGACACGGCGGAUAUCUUCGCUUAUGCCAAGGGUCUUUUUUCAGCCGAAAACGGAAGCAACAAUAAGAAUCGCGAUCCUUCCAAGAAGGUCUAUCCCAAGGUCUUGAACUGCGAUGCCUCUUAUACCGUCCCCGAGUCCAAGCUUCGUGCUGCCAUUUACAUCCCACCCACCUUCACCUACGGCAAGAAACCCCCAGUCAUCUUGUUCCCCGGUACUGGAUCCACUGGCUAUACUACCUUCCGUGGUAACUUCAUCCCACUGCUCACCGGCGUCGACUGGGCUGAUCCCGUUUGGGUGAACGUCCCUGCUCUUCUGCUCGAAGAUGCUCAAGUCAACGCCGAGUAUGCCGCGUACGCGAUGAACUACAUUGCUUCUCUUACCAAGCGCGACGCCGCUAUCAUUGCCUGGUCGCAAGGCAACAUUGACGUCCAAUGGGCUCUCAAGUACUGGCCCUCAACGCGCAAAACCACAACCGACCAUGUCGCUAUCAGCGCCGACUACAAGGGUACCAUCUUGGCCAACACUCUUGGCCUAACCACUCUAAUCAACACGCCCGCUGUUCUUCAGCAAAAGGCAGGAAGUGACUUCAUCACCACCCUUCGUUCCAACGGAGGCGACUCGGGUUACAUCCCCACUACAAGUCUCUACUCCAGCUUCUUCGAUGAAGUCGUCCAGCCCCAAGCUGGCACUGGAGCUUCUGCCUACCUUCUCGAUGCACGUAAGGUUGGCGUUACCAACGCUGAAGUCCAAAAGGUCUGUGCUGGGAAACUAGGCGGUUCUUUCUACACCCAUGAGAGUAUGCUUGCCAAUCCUCUUACCUUUGCGCUUGCAAAGGAUGCGCUUACGCACAAGGGACCUGGAAAGACAUCCAGAGUUGACUUGGCUAGUGUUUGCAACAGGUCUCUGGCGCCAGGGCUUGGAUUGGAGGAUCUGCUACUCACUGAGAAUGCUGUCGCUAUCGCUGGCCUUUCUCUGGUGCUGUACCUGCCCAAGCAGUUUGAUGAACCUGCUAUCAAGCAAUACGCUCUCAAGGCAACCGAUAAAUGCUAG